AGACGACGUUCGGUACGGUACCGUUCUUGGCGUAUUAAUAUAUUUUUGUAUUUGUAUAAGUAGCCUAUUGUGUUUCUUUAUUUUUGUAGCAGUUUUUUUGAAGAUUCAUUUUGGCUUAGGUUGUACAGUUGUACCAGUACCGGUAUAGUUUAUCAAAAUACAGAAAAUAAUAUUCUUAUUCCUGUAUUCAUUACAGUGUCUAAUAAUCGAUAAUUUAUCCAUAAAGCAGUAAAGUAAUGGCUAGGUCAGCGAAUUUUGUCAAUAGCGAAAAGCAGCUCCUUGUCCAGAUAAUUAGCGAACAUCCCCAAGUGGAGUCAAAAAGAACGGACAAGGUGUCAGUUGUGCAAAAGAAUUUGGCUUGGAAGCAAAUCGAAGCCAAAUUCAAUGCAACUGGCACCUUGUGUCGCCGAACUGAAAAAAAUCUGAAGGAUGCGUGGAAAAACAUCAAAAACAAAGCAAAGCAAGACAAUGCCCAACGCAAACGCCAUUUGAGGCAGACAGGAGGUGGGCCUGGUGUACCCACCGAUGAACUCAGCGAGAAAGUUGAGGCUCUCAUUCCUAGACAAAUAAAUUGCCUUGCGAACAACUUCGAUGAUGACAAUCAAAUUGAAAGCUCGCUCGAAGAACAAACAUACACACUUGUUUCAGUAGCUGAGGAAUCUUCAUCUUUCUCAGAUGGUAACGAAUCAGCAGUUUUGCAGACAUUGAGUACAGGUAAUCUAGUGAUAAUUGCUAUCCAGAUUCAAAACAUAUUCCCACAACAGGCUAUCGCUGUUUGUUCAGAUCUUGUCUAUAGUUUAUUCACAUGUUUAGGAGGUUCACGGCUUUGCAAUGUAUGUUUCAAAAUCACCCCAUGAUUAAGUAGCGCAGCAGUAGCAACUUUACAAUGUACUCAGAUAAACAGAACAGCGGUAGUAUUUAAAAUUUAAGCAGUAUUUAAUUUGAGCUUUUGUUAUUGUGAAUAUUAGUACAGACCUAAAGGCAGGUAGGCAUUAAAAUUGAAAGCAGUUUUUUAGUUUUUAUAUCACGUAAUGGCAGCAAAUAUUAGUUGUAGCAACAUAACAUUAUAUCUAGAUAGACAGUGUAGCAGCACAAUGGAUGAUUUGAGAAGAAGGGUGUUGACAGAGAAGUUGGAGGCAAUGGCGGAGGAGAGGAAAAUGAGAAGGGAAGAGCAUGAUAUAAAAAUGGAGUAUUACCGUAAAAAAAUAGCUAAGUUAGAAUGAAGGAUUUUAUUGUUUUAUUUGUUUUUGUUGCAAAAUGGUUAAUUAAAACAAGAUUGAUACAAGAUUGUUAAUUAUUUUGGUGGAUGUACUGAGAUAUAUGUUUUCCCAUACUUUGCGUCCUUCUAGUUUUUAUGAAUUUGGAUCCCACAGUGUUUCGGCUUCUCGUCAUAAUCUAAAACUGUCAUCAAUAUUAAGGUAGGACCGUUGCAGGACCCCAAUAGAUGUCGCGUUUCUUGCGACAUAGGUAUUACUGAUUAGAUACAACUGGCCUCCAAAUAUUGAUGUGUUUAAGGUUUGCUUUUUGACAUGCUAUAGUGACAUAAUCUGAUUUUGAAGUGCUUUGGCUGCGCAAUUACAUAUGGGGCUAAAUUGUGAAAUCGACUUGAACUAUACCUCGGAAAUUACGAAAGAAAUCAUAAAUGUAGAAAAAAAGCUGGUAACAGAACAAACUUGACAAAAUAUUUAAUAAACAUGAACUGAGAACGUGCAAACUGGUGGAUAACUAAAAACAACACCAUGUACACAAUGAAAAAUAGGGUAUCUUAAAAAUAAGUAUAAACUUUCAAUUUUGAUUUGCUUUUCAGGUACUCCUCAUAGAGCGUUGAUUCCUUCACGAAACAUAGUAUGGAUAAGUAGAAAAAUACAGGUAUUGUUUGCAUUUUUAUUAACCCACGGAAUUACAACAAGGAGACUAACCCAAGAAAUGAGGUUCAAAAUUGCUGUUUUGCAAGAAGCAUAUAAAUUAGUAAUUCGUAGUCGGCGCCUCUUCAACAGAUAAUUUGGAAUUAUUGAUCUCCUUCAACACAAAUAUUUUAUGCGAUUUGUUGUAAAUUUAUGAAAACUGGAUUUGUAGUUGAUGCACAAAGAUCAGGAAGACCAAGGAGUGGACGCUCCGAGGAAAACAUUCUGAGCCGAAUUUAUUUCUAAAUUCUUCGCUGAAGAGGUGCUGAGUUUGCCUAACUGAUUUAUAUGCCAAACAGCAGGUUUGCACCUCAAUCCUUCGGUUAAUCUACCGUAUUUGUCAUUCUGUGUGUUGAUAAAUAUGCAAACAAUACCUAAAUUUACUACUUAUCCAUAACUAUGUUUACUGAUGAAAUGAACGCUCUAUGAGGAGUACCUAAAAAGAAAAUCGAAAUAAAAAAUGUAUACUUACUUUUGAAACACCUUUUAUGUUACCUAUUAUAAGCUAAGCUAGCUACAGAUCAAAAGUAUUGGUCAAUAAUGUUUGCACGUGCAAGAUGACCUGCUUGGGAAGACUGUA